GGAGCCUAUAGCCUGUUGCUCAUGAUCAUCAAAUAGCCUGCUAGUACUCUAUAAGCCUUGUGCCUGUGCGCAGAGAGAGCAGAGUUGGUGUUCGAUGCAGAAGCGACAGCAACAGUUAGGACUUCAGGUUUUCUUGCAUUUCUGAUCACUUUGUAUAAAAUGAAACUCACGGCUAUGGGAAAAAAAGAUACGCAACCACAGUAAGCAUGUGCCAGUGAGAGGUCGACCACAGGGAUGUGACCAGCGAUGGAGGUAGAGGGGUUGUUCCUGUAUAGGUAAAGAUGACGCUGCUGGCAGGUGAUGGCUCGGACUACGACUACAGUGCUCUGAGCUGUGCCUCUGAUGCCUCCCUCCUCCUCCUCCCUCAACCCCCGCCCCUGUCAGAGCAGGAGGCCCUCAAGGGGGCCUACUACAAACGGGCCCAAUUACUUCCCGAGGACUCAGACCACCUCCUCACCAAUGCUACCUCGCACUUCACUACCCAUAAACUCCACGUCAUCAUCAACGUGGGUGGGCUGCGUUAUCAACUACCCUGGACCACCUUGGAGGACUUCCCCCUGUCCCGACUGGGCCAGCUGCGCCUCUGCAGCAGCUUCGACGAGAUCAUGUGCGUCUGCGAUGAUUACGACAUCGCUCGAAAUGAGUUCUUCUUCGACCGCUCGCCCUGUGCCUUCCGCACCAUCCUGACCUUCCUGCGGGCUGGGAAGCUGCGGUCCCUCAGGGAGAUGUGUGCCCUCUCCUUCAGGGAGGAGCUGCACUACUGGGGGGUCCCUGAAGAGAACCUGGAGUGGUGCUGCCGUCGCCGCCUCAUCCAGAGGGUGGAUGAGUGUGACGAGUUGGAGCGUGCUGCCCAGGAGGACGAGGAGGAGGAGCUGAUGAUGGACACGGACAGCGGGCACCGUAGGGGUUCCACCGCCCUGGCUACGGACACCCGGAUGGGACAUUGUAUGAACAAGCUGAGGGACAUGGUGGAGAGGCCCCACUCGGGCUUGCCUGGAAAGAUCUUUGCCUGUCUGUCGGUCUUGUUUGUCACCAUCACGGCUGUCAACCUGUCCAUCAGUACCAUGCCGGCCAUGAGAGAGGAGGAGGAGCAAGGCAAGUGCUCCCAGAUGUGCUACAACAUCUUCAUUGUGGAGACGGUGUGUGUGGGCUGGUUCUCCCUAGAGUUCACCCUGCGCUUCAUCCAGGACCGAGACAAACUAGCCUUCCUGAGACGCCCUCUGAACCUCAUAGACGUGGUGGCAAUCCUGCCCUACUACAUCACCCUGGUAGUGGACAGCUACCAGGGGGAGAAGAAGGUAGGCUCGGGAAGUAGUUACCUGGACAAGGUGGGUCUUGUGCUCCGGAUCCUCCGCGCACUGAGGAUCCUAUAUGUGAUGCGGCUGGCCCGCCACUCCUUGGGCCUGCAGACUCUGGGGCUGACGGCGCGGCGCUGCACACGGGAGUUUGGGUUGCUCCUCCUCUUCCUCUGUGUGGCCAUUGCUCUCUUCUCCCCGCUGCUCUACCUCAUCGAGAACGAGAUGGCCGCCACCCACGAGUUCAGCAGUAUCCCCGCUACCUACUGGUGGGCUGUCAUUACCAUGACAACAGUGGGCUAUGGGGACAUGGUUCCGAGGAGCAUUCCGGGUCAGGUGGUGGCGCUAAGCAGUAUCCUGAGUGGGAUUCUUCUCAUGGCAUUCCCAGUCACCUCCAUCUUCCAUACGUUCUCCCGGUCCUACGUGGAACUGAAGCAGGAGCAGCAGAGGCUACUGCAAAGACGGACACACUUCCUGUUACGCAGGAGGAUGGGUGGGCUGGGAAGUAACAUGUCGCUGGAGAGUGACUACCCCAGCUGUGGCUCCUCUGAGACCAGGGGCCGGGAUGACUGAAGAGGAGGGGGAGGAGGAGAAGGAGGAGCAGCAGGAGGAGCAGUAGGUGGAGGAGGGAGAAUUAAAGAACACGAAGCACAGAGAGAAUAAAACAAAAGAGGCGUUAUGACUUGUCAACUUAAUCUGUGAACAGCGACCCAGAUGACUGUGGAUGAUGAGAGAAAAAAAUCAAGGACACAAAGCACAGAGACUACGGAGAGAAAUCUGAGAGAGAAACAAAUAAGGGUUAAGAGGACCUUAACCCUGCUCUGCUAAAAAUGUUUUAGUUUAUUAUUCUUCUCUGGACGAUGUCAUCUCUGUCUGCCAUUAUGAGGUAAUAGAGGCCAAAAAUGUUCCCAGAAACCAGAAGAUCUGCACAAUAACAGAAAGAAGAUUGGAAUGAAUCGUAUUAGAUCAUUGACAUUUUGCUGUAUAACAGUACAUUAUAUUCCAUAAAUGCAUAAAUCAAAAAUAACCUACAGUAUAAGCUAUAUGUAAUACGUGAUCGAUUUCUUAUUCAUUUUUGUGUCUCAAUUGUGAAGCGUGAGUCCAGUCCAUAACCAUAUUUCUUAAGAGUUAGAUGUAAUGGAGGUGUAUUGGUGCUCAGCACUGUUAGGGGUUGCAUAUGCAAUUUUAUGUAUGAAACAUUGAAGAAACAUGUAUAUGUCCGUAGUUGUUGUGUGCUCUGUGUCUUAAAAAUGUAUUUCUAAAUAAUGCUGUUGGUUGCUAAAUAUGUACAACUGAACUGAAGCUGAUCUGCCUCGUGAUGGCUUGGACUUAUUUGUAAUUUCACUAACUAAAUAACUGCUAUUUCCCAAACAAUUAUAUGUCUAUUGGGUCCUACUAAUCACCCCAAAACAACCCAAAAGUACCAACAAGUACCCAAAAGUACCCAAAAGAACCCAAUAGUACGCAGAAGAAUCCCAAAAAAACCUAAUCAGGUACCCAAAAGAACCCCAAACAGCAGUGGAGGCUGGUGUCAGGAGCUAUAGGAGGACAGGCUCAUUGUAAUAGCUGUCAUGGAAUAAAUGGAACCGAGUCAAACAUGUGGUUUCUAUAUAUUUGAUGUGUUUGAUACCGUUCCAUUAUUCCAUUCCAGCCAUUACAAUGAACCUGUCCUACUAUAGAUCCUCCCACCUGCCUCCUCUGCCAACCCAGUACCAAAAGAACCCAUAAACAAACCAAAACAGGUACUCAAAUGAUCAAUUCAGGUUCACGUUUCUGAUGUUUCAGGUGUUACGCCACGUUCAUAUAACUAGUAAACUCUGAAAUAUCUGACUUGCUGAUUGUCUAUAACUACAAUCAGUUAGCAAGUCGGAAAUGUCUGUUUCCUAGUUCUGACUAGCAUGUGAACAUGGCGUAACACCUGAAACAUCAGAAACGUGAACAUGAACUGAUCAUUUGAGUACCUGUUUGGGGUUGUUCGGGGAUCUUUUGGGUUCUUUUGGUACCGGUUUGGCAGUUGCUCCUCAGCAACUGAAACCUGAAUUCGGAUCCAAAGCAUUGUGUGAAAUGAGCCUCUUCAAUUAUUUUGAUGUUGCCACCUAUCAUUGGUUAUUAUCAAUGCAUGUUUACUGUUUGGGUGGAUGACUAUUUAGAGCUUAAAUACACCUUUAUCUUUACAUCCGAACAAUCUAAUUACAUAGGCCUACAUGUGAUCCAAAUUUCUAACAUAAAUAAAUGAAAUAUCCUACUUGUGAUGCUAGAUGAUACUGUAAUGUUGUGUCCCAUGUUAUAUCCUACAAUUUAUUUGUUUAGUCUGCAAUAUUGUUGUCACCAAACAAAUGCAAAUGUUUUGAUUGUCUAUUAAGUGUGAAUAAAAUUGAAUACAUAUUAUAAACUUCA